GGCAUACGCUCCCGCGAACAAAUCCUGAUAUGUUCGUACGUAAAUUAGUCAAUUGGCACUACAAGGCUCUGUAGCUCGGGCAACCGAGCAGCACUACAUGUCCAAAAUACAAUGGCUUCAUUCGAGCGGUUGCUUCUCCCUCGCACCGCAGGAUGAUAGCAACCACCGUUCUACCCUCAUCCUCCUGCACGGUCGUGGCAGCAACGCCGAAGAGUUCGCUCGGGAGUUCCUAGAAACGCAAGAUUCGUAUGGCCAGUUCUUGUACCAGCUGUUACCGGAGACCAAGGUCGUCUUCCCCGAAGCCAACGUUCUACCCUCCGAGCAGAUGGGAAUCGGUCUCCACCAGUGGUUCGACAUGUAUUCGACCGCCAACCCUCACGAGCACGAGAACGAGCAACUCAGUGCGCUACUAGGGUCAGCCAACCGCAUUGUUUCUAUCAUCCAUGAGGAAGCGCGCAUAGUUGGCUAUCAGCAUAUCAUCCUUGGUGGCAUAAGCCAAGGCUGCGCUACGGCCGUUUACGCAUUGCUUGGUCUGAACAGGCAGCUAGGUGGCUUUGUUGGGUUUGCAGGCUGGUUGCCACUGCCGGCCUAUACUCUCGAACAAUAUGCGCAGGCCACAGAAGCACUGCACACGCCCGCUUUGCUCGAGCAUUGUGAUGAUGAUGCCAUCAUCGCGAUGCGUUAUGGCGAGGAACUGCACGUUAAUCUCGAAGCUCUAGGUAUAAAGGUGGAAUGGAAAGCGUACGGAGACGGAGAUCAUUGGAUCAAUGAGCCGAAAGGCUUUGAAGACUUCGUAGAAUUUGUCAAGACGUGCUUGCAUGCCGGUAGCGUAAUCCCCAAGCUGGACGGGUAGGCGCCGCGUCU